GCCCGAGUCCGCUCCAUUGCCUGUCGCUGCCGCUAUCCGUGGGAUUUUUUUUCCCUCCCGUUGCUGUCGGGAGGCCCCUCGCUGUGCUGCUCGGCGCUGUCUCAGUCCCAGUGAUGCUCGGGGUGGUGCGAAGCGCACCCGGCACGGGCGGUGAGGGACCGGCGCGGUGCGGACCCGCCGUCACUUGGCGUGCUGGGGAGGCCGGGGAGAGUUACCCAGCGCUGCAGGCUUGGAAUGCUGAAGUUACUUUCACUUUUACAACGGGACGUGGUUAUCUCUGUGGCUGAGCCUGAGCACACACCGGGAGGCAUGCAGAAGAGCUUCUGGCCUGCCAGAGAUCACCAGGCUGUUUGCUCACAGCCCUGACUCGCACUGUCUCCGGGCAGGGCAGUGCACUUCCCCUGGCAACAGGCGCUUCUAUUCUUAUGGGACGCCUCUGUGUGAGGGAAAUUUGCUUCACUGCAGGUUUGGGCUUUACCAUGCUCCGAGCCUUUAGUCACACAAAUGGUAGGUGUGUGUUCCACCAUACUAAGUGCUGGCAUCAUCGUAAGUCUGUGCUGGCAAUCAGGAGAGAAGAUGUUAAUGCAUGGGAAAGAAGAGCACCUCUAGCACCAAAGCAUGUUAAGGAAUUGACAAAGAUGGGAUAUAAGGUCUUGGUGCAGCCAUCAAACCGGAGAGCCAUCCAUGAAAAGGAGUACAUCAAAGCAGGUGCCAUCAUUCAAGAAGAUAUUUCUGAGGCUUCUCUGAUAAUAGGUGUGAAGAGACCUCCAGAGGACAAAUUGAUCCCUAAAAAGAACUAUGCCUUCUUCUCUCACACUAUUAAAGCCCAAGAGGCAAACAUGCCCCUUCUGGAUGAGAUUUUAAGACAGGAAAUUCGACUGUUUGACUAUGAAAAAAUGGUUGAUCAUAAAGGAAUGCGAGUUGUGGCCUUUGGAAAGUGGGCUGGUGUAGCAGGAAUGAUCAAUAUUCUACAUGGAUUAGGUUUACGAUUUUUAGCCCUGGGACAUCACACUCCCUUCAUGCACAUUGGGAUGGCACACAACUACAGGAAUAGCAGUCAGGCUGUGCAGGCAGUACGAGAUGCCGGGUAUGAAAUUUCACUGGGAUUGAUGCCAAAGUCAGUGGGGCCCUUAACAUUUGUGUUUACAGGCACUGGUAAUGUUUCUAAGGGUGCUCAAGAAAUGUUCAACGCCCUCCCAUGUGAGUUUGUGGAACCACAUGAGUUAAAGGAAGUUUCCAGAUCUGGAGACAUCAGAAAAGUCUAUGGGACAGUGUUAAGUCGUCACCAUCAUCUUGUAAGGAAACAUGAUGGAAUAUAUGAUCCAGUAGACUAUGAUAAACAUCCAGAAAAUUACACUUCUCGCUUUCACAUUGAUGUUGCACCCUACACAACUUGUUUAAUUAAUGGCAUAUACUGGGAGCAACAUACUCCUCGCUUGCUAAGUCGACAGGAUAUUCAGAAGCUGCUGGUGCCAAUUAGAUCUGCUGAUGGUGCAACAGAGGGCUGUCCUGAGUUACCACACAAACUUCUGGCAAUAUGUGACAUUUCAGCAGACACUGGAGGAUCUAUAGAAUUUAUGACGGAGUGUACAACAAUUGAUAAUCCAUUUUGUAUGUAUGAUGCUGACCAGCAUAUUACUCAUGACAGUGUGGAAGGCUCAGGGAUUCUGAUGUGUUCCAUUGACAAUUUGCCAGCUCAGCUUCCUAUAGAAGCAACAGAGUACUUUGGCGAUAUGCUUUUCCCGUAUAUAGAAGAGAUGCUGUUAUCAGAAGGCUCAGAACCUCUUGAAAAACAGAAUUACUCACCUGUUGUUCGAGGUGCAGUGAUUGCAUCCAACGGUUCACUGACACCUAAGUAUCAAUAUAUCCAGAAACUGAGAGAGAGCAGGGAACAGGCUCAGUCACUAAAGAUGGGUGAUGAGAAGAAGGUUUUAUUGCUCGGAUCUGGGUAUGUUUCUGGCCCUGUACUUGAAUAUCUCACUAGAGAUUCCAACAUUGGCAUCACAGUUGUAUCUGUCAUGAAGGAGCAACUUGAACAACUGACAAAAAAAUACAGCAAUGUUACUUCAGUUCAUAUGGAUGUUCUUAAGAACGAGGGAAAGCUGUCCUCUCUGGUGAAGAAACAUGACCUUGUGAUCAGUUUGCUACCUUAUUCAGCACAUCCUUUCGUUGCUAAGAAAUGUAUUGAGAACAAAGUGAACUUGGUAACAGCCAGCUACUUAACACCAGCUAUGAAAGAACUCCAGGAGAGUGUAGAAGCUGCUGGUAUUGCAGUUGUCAGUGAAAUGGGUUUGGAUCCUGGUCUUGACCAUAUGUUGGCAAUGGAAUGCAUUGACAAGGCAAAAGAAGUUGGUGCUACGGUUAUAUCCUACACUUCUUUCUGUGGUGGCCUGCCAGCUCCGGAGCAUUCUGACAAUCCUCUGAGAUACAAGUUCAGCUGGAGUCCACAAGGAGUGUUGCUGAAUACAGUUCAGUCUGCUACAUAUUUAAAAGAUGGAGAGAUUAUCAAUAUUCCAGCUGGAGGAGCAUUACUGGAUUCUGUUACUCCGAUGGAUUUUUUCCCAGGAUUAAAUCUUGAAGCUUUUCCUAACAGAGACAGUACAAAAUAUGCUGAGCCAUAUGGUAUUCAGACAGCUCGCACUUUACUGAGAGGCACCUUAAGAUACAAAGGAUUCUCCAAAACUAUGGGAGGCUUUGUAAAACUAGGAUUAAUUAACCCAGAUCCUUACCCUUUGCUAAGCUCAACCACCCCACCUCUAACCUGGAAAGAGCUCAUGUGCAAACUGCUUGGAAUUAAGUCUCCCGUUGAGCACCACGUUCUUAAAGAAGCUGUAUUUAGCAAACUGGAAAAGGACAAAAGUCAGCUGGAGGCAGUGGAAUGGCUAGGUUUACUGGGAGAUGAACCAGUUCCAGCAGCAGAUUCCAUUGUGGGGGCUCUUGCAAAGCAUAUGGAGAUGAAGCUGCCCUUUGGCACUGGAGAGAGAGAUAUGAUUAUUAUGAGAAAUGAAAUAGGUCUCAGGCAUCCUUCUGGUCAUUUGGAAGACAAAUUUAUUGAUCUGGUUGUCUACGGGGAUAACAAAGGACAUUCUGCAAUGGCUAAAACAGUCGGAUACCCUGCGGCUAUUGCUGCUAAGAUGGUUCUAGAUGGUGAAAUAACUACCAAAGGCAUGGUUAUACCCUUGACGAAGAAUGUGUAUGGACCAAUACUUGAACGUGUUCGGGCAGAAGGCAUUGUGUACAGUACUCGCAGUGUUAUAAAACAGUAACUGGAAGCAGUGCAUUUAAUCAGGUUUUGACUUUGUUUGGUUCCAACCUCUGCCCCUCCCUUUAAGAAUCUCAAUUUGGACCAGCUAAAGGCAGCACCUGCUGUUUCAUACACAGAUGUUGCCUUCCAUAAAACCUGCUUUUAUGUAGAAACUGUAGAUACUCAUGAAUUGUGGUAUUUUCCUCUGAAAACUGCUAAGCUUUCAUGUACAUGUUUCAGCAUCAAUCAGAACUUUCCUUAGAUCUUUUCUAAAACAUAUUGAAAGGGUUGGGUUUGGUUUUUCUUUUUUUUUAUUAUAGUUUAUCUUCCAACUCUAUAGGGUUAUUAAGGCAAUUUUAAACUGAAAGAAUGAUCUGUUAGUGGAUUCUCUUUUGAUGAAAAGGUCUAGUUAAUAAAUUUAAUUGAUGAAGUUUUAUUGUUCAUGUGGUAAAAAUUUUUCAGAAUAAUGGAGAUGGAAGUGAUAUUUUAAAUUUUAAGUGUAAUUGUUCCUUUCCCUUUAACAGUAUUUUUGAAUGUUUUCACGAUAAUAAUAUGCAAGAAAUAGUUUAGAAAUUCUACACUACUAGAAAAUAAGAUCUUGUUAAAUCUUAAAAAUGUUCAGUUCUUAAAUAUUUCAAACCUAGAUCUUAAUAUUUUUUUAAUCCCUAUAUAAUGAGUGUAAAUUUAAAUUAAUUGGAGGAGGGGGGAAGUUUAAAGAAAGCUUCCUCCUCAUACCCUUUCCUGUUACAGAGUGGAAGCUGGCCGCAAUAUGUUGAAAUAUCUGCUGUUUCAUGUUGCCUUGUGCUGUGGAGAGAGCACAUUAGCAUUUAGCUGGGCAGCUAGGUAGGGCAUUCUACAGUUAAUGCAAAAAUACAACAGUUAAUGUGCUUAGAAGCUGCUCCAAAUGACAUUUACCCUUUUCACUUACACUAUGUGCCUUGUCCAGGUUAAGUACUGUUACAAAGGGAAUAGACUGUGCAGCUUUGAAAUGCAGUAGGCUUAGAAUUUUAAAUUGCCACUUUUUAAGUUAGCUUCCGUCCUUCUGCUGUCAGGCUUUUCAAGUAUUCAUUUGGGAGCCUAUGCAUAUUAUUCAGUACAGUGCCACUUUAAACUGAUGGGAGUUUGCCAGUGGGCCAACUCACUUGCUGCUGAGUGCUGUGCUGCACAGAUGUGCCAGCUCCCCUCUAGCUGCAGUUUAGUCACAUCAAUCCAGAACCGAACUUUAGCCCAAGUGCAGCUUCUCUGUAACAAAGCAGCAGUUGCCUCCUUCCAGUUCAGGGCUGCUUCUCUGGCUUUUGCUUAGGGAUUUCUACACUACCUUGCAAUGCAAGCAUAGCCUAAACUUCACAGUUAGGUCUGUGAGGUGUAAUGCUGUGGGCAGAUAGUAUUUGCACUGGUGCCUGUGCAGCUGCCUAGAACUUCCCUUUUCUAAAGCUGAAUACUGAUGCUGGAAGCUGUCUGCUUUCAACUUUGCUCACAAGUGCACUUUGCUGAUAAAAGCACAGCCUUUUACCUCCUGAGAACCAUAGUGCUGUAAUUACAGUUCUGAGGUGAUGGAAUUCCAGGUGUUGUUUUGCACAGUAGGAAGAGCAGCCAUAACAAUAAUUCAAGUUUGGAUCUCCAAAUUUUACUACUCAGGAUUUGGAUUUUCUCUGUGUAGAUACAAUGAAGUAGCAAUUGCAACAGCUAGGUGAAAGGAGCCAAAGGGAGAUGGAAGAAUGAAGGGCAGAGUAUUAUUUCAAAGAGAAGGGACUUUUUAUACUAAACCAUUGAGUGCUUUUGUAAUGUCAAAUUUUGAUUCUGUUAAAGUGCAAUGCAUACAUCAGAUGUAAUUCUGUUACAGUGCCAUGCAUAUAUUGGACAAAAUCCUGGAUCCACAAAGUUGCUUUACUUCUCACUGACCUUACAGGCUGCUGGUCUGUUGUAUGGCUGGUGUAGGCAGCUGGGCUAAGGAUGGAUCCAAUGAAUGUUCUGCUCUCUGCUGCUUCCUCCUUCACCAAGUAGAUUAAAGGCCUACACCUAAGGGUUAAAGUUAUACUUGUAUCUACUGGUCCAUUCCAGCCCAGUGCUUGGAGACCAGGAUUUUAGUUUAGAAUUCUCUGAUCCCUACCUUAGCUCCUAAGUACACAACCUGUAUAUAUGCAUGCACUGUACUUGCUUUUCUGCCUUGGAAAUGCAGUAUGCCAAGAAAAUUGGAAUUUUUUAGAAGUAUCUGAUAUUUUUGGAGCACUAAAGAAUGAGCACUACAGUGUUUCCUUCAAGAAACACUGCUACUAUUUUUGAAACAUUUUGUAUCAAAGUAUAUUUCUGUUUCCCAGUGCAAUGCUGCAUUUUGUUUUCUACAUUUAGAGUUAAAUGAAUUUAUUGUUCUUCUUUUUGUAUGAAGAUUAUACUUCUCAGUUCUCUUUGCAUAUUAUUGGAAAGAUAAUUGUAUCUAAUACACAAGAUUGCUUGAAAAAUAAAUUUGAAAUCCUCUGUUUUGUGUUCUUGUAAUUUUUACAGCCUAAUGAGAUGUACAAGAAUGGGAUUUGGUUUUUUACAUAGGUGGUUAUAUUGAAAGGGUGUCUACACAUUUUUCAUGUACAUGAAAUACCUUGGCAUACUUCUUGCUAGAUGCACGCAAGAAGAUUCUUCAAGGAUUGUUUAAGCAUCCCCGUCUAUAUAAUUAUAUACAUAUAUACAUAGGUAUAUCUAUAUCUAGACAUAAUUUUUACCUAUAAUCUUAAUAGAUUUUGCUUAGUAAGUUUUGGUUUUGGGUGAAAUAAAGACAAGAUAAAAUACAAUAAAAAUUUAGCUAUGUUAGUAAAAUUUAGAUAUGUUAAGUGUGACUUUGCAAAAUUGUAACUACUUGAAAGAAGGUUGCUGCCCAAACUGUGGGCAGUUAAGAUAAAGCUAGCUUAUGUAAACAAAGGGGACUGUCAGGGAAAGCGGAAAAGACCUGUAGCACGUAGCAUCACAAGGGAGACAGAAGAGGGGUAGAGAGGAAACCUAAGCUGUUUGAAAUGAUAAAACUUUAUGUAACUACUCCAUAGUAAUAAGAAUAGAAAUUUAGGCAACCAAAUGUCUAUUUAGAUAAAGCAGAUUUCGUAAAGAGUGUGUAUGAUAGAUAAUUUUGAAACUCACUCCUUCAAAUGUAUAAAAAGCUGUUGUGUUUCUUUUCUUGGUGGAAUGCAUGGGCCGGGGGGGCAAAACCCCCUGCAUCUUCCAGACCGUCAUAAAAGUGUGCUUUACAUAUCAUUUAAGGAUUUCUUUGAAUCAUGGGCACAAGGACAACUACUAAAUUGGAAAGGCACAGAACAGUAGAUGUAUGAUAUUUCCCUGUGCCCCAGGAAGGCAUGAAACUUGGUGUCUCAUGGCCUGUCUUGGCUUGAGGGCCUUGCUUAGCUAAAUAUGUGGCUUCUGCUAUCACUGCCUAGGCCAAAAGGCUCGUAAGCUCUUCAUUCACAUCUGGCUCCAAGGAACAGGUUGUCAUUGUGUGUCUCUCAUUUUUUUCAUUUUGGAAUUUAAGCUAGUGCCAGUUCUUCCUGACAUGUAAGAUUCCAGUUUCUUUCUGAGAUGGAGGUGCUUGAGCUCCAUUACACUCAGGCUGCCUUUCUUGCCUCUGUUUCACACUCUCUCAGCCUCAGCUCUUCCUACAGGUGAGAGUUAUAUCCCUUUGAGGGACUGGAGUACAAAAGUGGCCCUGCUGGACAAAGGGUGUAAGCUCAUAGCACAGUAGCUGUUUAAGGUAGAAAAAAUGGGCUAUAUCGGUUUUGAUUAUGCUGGAAAAGAAGAAAAGAAAAGGCGGGGAAGAAAAAAAGGAAUUUAUCUUUGAGUGUCC